AUGCAUUAUGCAAUUUUGCCCAUCCCUAUUCGGGAUAUGUCAAAAUUACCAAAUUUGGGUUAUGCACCUUUGAAUUCAGAUUUUGAUAAUUUCUAUAUAAGAUUAAAAUUGCAAAUCAAUGAUUGUUUUAAUUGUCCUGUCACUGGUGUACCUGAUUGUUUAAAUCUAAGUAGUUAUAAUUAUUUGGAAUUUGCUCAGAAUGAAGGUCCAUGCGCUGAUGCUGUUGAACAGACAGUUAGAAAAUAUGGUAUUUCAUCUUGUAGCUCAAGAAUUGAAGUUGGUACAUUGGAUCUUCAUUUACAAGUGGAAUUACUGAUUGCCAGAUUUGUUGGUAAGCCUGCUGCUAUGGUUGUUUCAAUGGGUUAUGCUACUAAUAGCACCACUUUUCCUGCUUUGGUUUCAAAAGGUUGUCUAAUCAUAUCUGAUGAACUUAAUCAUAGUUCAAUUGUGUUUGGUAGUUGUCUAUCUGGUGCUUUCAUCAGAGUUUUCAAACAUAAUAGCAUGGAAGAUUUGGAAAAGUCAUUGAAAGAAUGUAUUAGUCAAGGACAACCAAGAACCCAUUGA